UUAUUCAUUACCAGUUUAUUACUAUUUUGUGUGAAAAUACAAGGUUGUAUUACAAAUUUAUUUGUAUAAUACCAUAAAAGCAAACUAAUUCGAUAGACCAUCAAGGCUCCUGCUGCUACUAUCCAAAAGUUCAAUCUACUUACACAAUGUUAAUUCUGCCUGAUACAGCCACAAAUGAAAUACUGCUUUCACUUGCAGAUUCACAUGCUACCUCUCAACUACCCUAUAGGGUUACUUUCUCCUACAAUUAACAUCCCAUAAAAUUUGUGUUUAUCUUUUAUACUUGUAUUAUUUUAAUUCCUUCUGUAGUUCAAAAGUAUUUUUGUUGGUUCAUCUGGAUACAUGUGUUGGCUUUGUAUGUAUAUGCUUUCUUUUGCAUGAAGACAUGCAUUUGUCAUCAGGUGUUUGACGCUCCAUACUGAUUUUGGAAAAUACAAAGCUGUGUUGCCUGCUACCAAAGGAUGAAAAAGACCCUAUAACCCCCUAUUUCAACAGAAAUGAGUAUAGAGUGGUCCUCAUCAUAUUUUGGGGAAAAUCUGAGUUUCUUGGAUGAAUGGUGCAGUGAACUCACUCAGGAGUUUCUUCUUUCCAGAGAUGCUGUCCAAUCCCAGGCUCAAACCUGUUCAGGGGACUUUGAAUGUAGUGAUGAACCAGAACGUGACCCUCUCCUGCAACUCAGAUUCUGGAUCUCCACCUGUCAGAUACACAUUGUUUAAACAUAAUCAGAAGGUAUCCACCUUAAAUAGGCCAGACCUGACCCCCAGUUUGUUUAACUUGACUAUCAACUCUGCCAGUGAUCUGGGUGAAUACAAAUGCAAAGCUGAGAAUAACAACACCAGUGGCGGAAAAUACAGCAACAGUCUCAGCUUCACCUUUCUAGAGCCCAUUUCCAAACCAGUGCUGAGCUCACCCACCUCUCAAGCAAAGAAAGGCCAAAACGUGACCCUGUCUUGUCUCUCGGAGAAUGGCUCUCUUCCUAUCACAUAUAUAUUCUUCAAAGGAACACAAAGCAUCUCUUCCCAGGUGAUGAUGCAGAAGGAAGCAGCUGAGAUUGUUCUAUUCAUCAAUUCCUCUAGUGACUUUGGAACCUAUAAAUGUAGAGCUGAAAAUGGUUUUCGCAGAAGUGCAAAAUACAGCAACGGUUUCAACUUCACAUUAGCAGAAGAGAGAAGAUUUUCUCAGCCCCUGAUAAUUUCUCUUGGGCUGAUCCUGCUACUGUUCGUAAUAGGACUUGCUCUGGCAAUUCCAUUUUUCAUAAUUCCUUCAUAUAAAGCAAAAAAAUUUAAGUGUACUAGAUCCUCAACUGGCUUUACUUCAACACCAAAUGUAGAAGAGCCUGAAGACGAGGUCAUAUACUCAGAGAUUGUGCCUGUUAAACCAGAAGAAGAAUACAUCAACUUUUCUGUUAUAAGAAGAGAAGAUGAAAAAGCAGACAAGAGGGCAUGUGCUACAAUGUAUUCAAAGGUCUUCAUCAGAGACUGAGUACAAGGUAAGAUCUCUUUUGUGAUUAAUUUAAUCAUGUAGUUUAAAAUAAUCUUUCAGGCCCCAGGUGUGCUAAGUAUCACCAAGUCCGCACAGAAAGAGAUGGUGCUAAGAUACUAGUUUCCUGGCCUAAUCAUUUGGUACAGACAAUAUAGCUUGCUCUCUACUAGCAACCAACACCCCAAAGUCAUCACCUCUAAGGACUUCAACGUAAACGAACAAGCAGAAAACAAACAGAUAAAAACUGGAAUUAACAACGAGCCAAAUAACAAUCCCAUCAGACAAACAGUAGCUUAUUGCCCAAAUAGCACCAUAAACCCAAACCAACACAAUGCAAUCACUGUCAGAUAAGAUACUGCUGGACACAAGAUAUAGUCUGGCAUUACGUGUAUCUGAUGAAUAACCGAAAAGGAAUAAAUGAUAUAAAGUGUUCACCCAGACCCAAGUUCUGUACAUGUAAUAAUUCUCUUGCAGUAGAAACUGGAUUGUAUGAAAAUGUAAGAUAAUCAAAAGGCUCUAGUUAAGUAUUUAAUAUAUAUAUCUAUAUAUAUCCCAAGUGCAUUCUCCUCUUAGGCACACAGCAGAGGCCAUAUUUGGCCUCUGUACCUGCUGUUACCUAGCAGCAAGGAUGGCAGUUUCUCAGUUCAACAUUACUUCAGCUCUUAGAGUAGGCAAAGGCUGCCAAGAUUAAUUUUUGGGACAGCUAAUUCCAAAACAAAUUCUGCAUCCUGCAACAGGCUGUUUCAUAGAUGUUUCUGGGUUGUUUUAAUGUUGUUCUAUAUCCAGUUUACAUAGAACUCCACAAGUUCAGUAAGCCACAGAUCCAUACUAUGCUAACCUCUAACCUUGCAUUUUAUCUGGCAAAAUUGUUACAAAUAACCCAUUUAUAGUUAAAUGAGCACCAUGUCAAUAGAAGAAACUUAAGGCAAGUUCUUGUGUUUCAUGGCAUUGAUGACCACCAGUGGCCACAUACCUUGUUGCAUACACCUUAAAGCACUUUAUUAAAGUGACUUAAGCUGUACAUGCAUAGGAAAUUACUGAAGAUCAGAAUCACUCCAUUUCGUAUCUAUGCAAACCCUUGUACCUAACUACAACACUCCCGUACAGAUACGAUGACAGAUUAAUCUUUUUCCACCAUUUCUUAUGUACAGACAUUUUUUGUCCACAAAAAGGUGCUUGUCAAAAACUGUUUACAAUUUAUUUCUAUUUCCCCUGUUACUCUUGAUAAUGUAUUUCUGGUUUUGAUGUUUAUCAAGGGCAAGAUGAAGUAGCUUAAAUGCUGAGGAACCGAUGUCAAGUGAUUAAAAUACAUUCCUAAAACUAGACAGUACAAAGAUACUUACUGAUGUUAUUAAGACAUCUAGGAUUUGGAAGUCUGUUUUAUAAAAUACCAUUUUCCAGCAGAGAAUAUAAUUGUGACAGCAAUACAUAGAUGAAAGAUUAAUUUUUAGGUUAGGAUGGAGUAUUUUCAAUAAGAUAGUAAAACUGAACAUAAGAAAGAGAAUACAGUUAGCCCUGCUAAUGAGGGACAAGUUUGUCUCUUCUCAAGGUAACCUGGAAGACCCAGAUGGUCUAGAGUUGAUAGAAGAGAUGCACUGCCAAGUUUUACAGGUCCAUGACACUGUAGGAGCCAGUUCAGGCACAGAUGUUUAAGAAAUUCCCUUUAUUCAACACAUUUAAGUUUAUACAUUUUUGGCUGAUGUUACAUACUUAGUUAAAAAGUCCGUCAGCCUAGAAAUAUGCAUCAUUUCCUUCAUGGUUGUAUCUCUGCUUCUCAGCUGGACCACUCCGUUCUCUAGAGUGGCAUCAGUUAUCAAGAUCGUGAAGAGAACACUCAUCUCGUCAUACCUGCAGAGAAAAGAGCGCUCCUGUUACUGCUUCUGGUGUAUGAAAGAUUCAGAUAAGUUAUAUACAAAUGACCAUCAUCUGUAAAUAUUUAUUUCUGCAAUACUGCACUAAGUCCAGGAUGAAGACACCAGCCUCCUGCUGCCCUUCCUUGCUUUCCUGACUACCCUUCUUUAAAUUAUUUACUUUAGUACAUAAAAAUAAUGUUAUUUAGUGACCUAUUACAAGAGUAUUUUUGUAAAAGCAGAAUAUAUCUUUCUGACUUACUUUGAAGACUACUGCACAUGAGCAAAGAGUUGUAUUUAUUUUCGCUCAGGAAAAAACAUUCAUCAAUAUGCUCAAAGUUCACUCCUGAUCAACAACUCUCAUAUGAUGCCCUGAAAUGGAAUUGCAGAUUUAUCUCCACAAAUAAUUUCAUCACAUAUGCUAAUGGUUCCAGAUUUGGAAGAACUUUGAAGCUCAAGACUAGAUGCAGGGUGCUAUUUGAAAUAGUACUUAAGAAUGAAAGGCAGAACCAGUUCAGAUGCAAAAGUGGGGCGUGAGGGUGGGAAACCGUCCUGCGAGCUUAUGGCUCAUCUCAAGAAGUUUAUUUUCAACAGGAGAGUCUCUAAAGGGCAUUUCACAGUUCCAGAGAAAUGAUAAUAACAUGUGAAAGGCUUAUACUUAGUUUUAAAAAUGAACUGACGUUGCUCUCUGCAAUAAAACUCCUUGAUUCCAAAUUCAUAUACAUGCCUUCAGCCCUGCACUCAAUGAUUUCUUACUGAAAACAGGCUUAUUUUCUCUAGUCCACAGAAAGUCAUCUUUGACCUUCAUAGUUUAAUUUACAAAAGACUAUUUCUCCUUACUUUGUAUAAAGCUGUUCCAGAGAUACCUGCACGGUUUCAAGGUAACCCGGCCACACAGAAAUUCUGUUUUUUGUCAGUUCAUUGAACAAUCCUUGACAAACCUGUGUUUAUUGAAAAACAAGAGUUAAAAGAUAAACUGUAAGGACUUGAAACCCUAAACAAAGAAGCCAUUAAAGCUCUAGUAUGUGAGGUGUUAGCAUUCCCAGCUGGUGUUAAUUCUCUGUCUGAAAUAAUCUCAAAAUUAGAAAGCAGCCCAGCAAAUAAAUCUCUGUUUCUACCUAAAACCAUGCCAGUGGAAGGUCCCUACCUUCUGUGGGGACCAGUUUAAUGACUGACUGAAAGAAAGACUUAAAUAAUCCUUCUGAAGAUGUGACCCACACAUUAAGAUAAUCCUGAAAGAUCAGGAAGCUGAGAGGGAUUGUGUUAUUUAUUUUCCUUAAUUUUGCAUGGAACAAAUAUCAACUCUCUAACAGUAGUAAAAGCAGCGCGUUAAUGUAAGGAAGUCAUCUGCUACCCACUGUUUACAGUACUCCUUUGGCUACAACUCACAACCUGCACUGUGAAACCUGCACAACCACGAAUCUCCAUGAACCAAAGCAGCAGCAUGAUUUUCCCCAGUGUGAACAGUGUCUGGAUUGUAACAGAAAGUUAUGUGGAGAGUCAAUGCUCAAAAUUAAAAUACUUUCUUACAACGUA